AGACGACGCUUGGCACCCUCCGUUCAGUCCAUAUCGGAACCUCGGCCGCAGCACAGCUCAUACUGCAGCUCGCUGGCUCCACGCGAUCACUGGGCUACAAGAUCGGUGUGCGGCGAGGUGUGAAUGACUGAUUAUCGUUCUCCCUCGUCAUAACAGUCUUCAACCCAUACGGCAAUUAGUAAUAUGUUUUUAUUCAACAUCGGCUUCGCUAUGGCUUAAGCAAAGAAGAACAGCGAUACAGGCCGUGUAUAGGUGGUGGUAAUUUACUCGCCGCCUACGGAGCAUUGAGAAGAUCGACCCAACCGGUAGGACGUCCUGCCAUGGCGCCCCAGACGAAGAUUAUCGAGAGCGGGGGAGAGGCGUUACCGGCAGAAAAGCGAUCUCCUCUGCAAGAAUCCGAAGGGCUUCUUGACCCGCGACGCCAGAGCUUAAGCAAAACUCAGGAGGUGGAGUUUCACAACUUGGAGUCGGGAAGCGAUCCCACCCCCACCGCCGCCCAUGGGAAGCACCGACACGCCCGCAGCCCAGACGUCGACCGCGGAUGGGCGUGGGUCGUGUUUGUGGCGGCCUAUAUGUACUUCUUCAUUUCGUCAGGCAUGUACUACUCGUUCAGCGUCUUCUUCGUGGAGCUCCUGAACACCUUCGACGAGUCCCGAGGCAAGACCGGCUGGGUCUACUCGACCAACUCCGCCGUCCACAUGUUCUCGGGGCCCAUCGCCGGCUGGGUCGUCAUGAAGUGGGGUCCCCGCGUCGCCGUCAUGCUUGGGGGCCUCCUGGCUGGUCUCGGCAACUUCAUGACCGCCUUUGCCCCGAGCCUCGACGUCAUCUUCUUCACACACGGCUUCGUGAACGCUCUAGGAACAAGUCUUAACUUUUCUGGAUGGGUAGUAGGACUCUCCAGGUUCUUCGAGCAGCGUCACGCCCUUGCCGUAGGUCUCGCAAUGUCUGGGUCGGGAUGCGGAGUGUUCUUUCUCGGUCCGCUCAUGGAGAAGUUCGUGCGUGAGCUCGGAUGGAGAGGCGCCAUGCUCAUCUGCGCGGGAUUGUCUCUUAAUCUGUGUGUCUUCGGCGCUACUAUCUACAGCAAGCUGAGACCUCCUCCCUUAGCGGAUAAUAAGGCUUCUACUGAAAGCGUAAAGCUCGUUGUUGAUCAGAUAUGUAUUCCGGACAAGGAAAUGGACGACUUGUUGCCGGCGAGGGAGGCAGGUCUCGACUACGAUGACGAGGGUGACUCUCAAGAAAACUGGCGUAGUAAGAAGCCUUUCCCGGAAACUCUGGCGAUGCCUUCUCUUGUAGCGGCUGGGAGUAUAUGGUCGCUGGCAGAGUCAAGACGCGAGGAGACCCGCCACAACAGGCUUCGUAACAUGGUAAUGUCGGCCAGGAAACAGUUUGGAGGCAAUCGCAGUAACGACUGUGUGUCAAGCGCGGAAAAUCGAGAAAACACGAAGGGAGAAAUGAGGCGUUUAUUCUGCUCCCCAACAUUCUGGCUGCUUGAGGCUUCUUGCUUCCUCAGCUUCUUAGCAACUACGACUGUGUUCGCCGUAUUUCUAGACUGGACGAAAUGGGCUGGGCUCUCUGCCGCUUUCUCCCAGGCUCUCGCUGGCAGCGGCGCCGGAGACAUGGUGGGCAGGAUGCUGGCCGGGGCGUUCAUGGGCUGCAGCAUUCCGCCUCUCCUGCUGUUCAGCGCCAUCCAGCUCUUCUUGGGGCUCACUGUCGGUGGCGCAGCCUUGGCGACCUCCCACGGAGAGCUGAUCGCUGCGAUGGUAGGCUUCGGAAUUGCGUGUGGCCUGCAGAGCGUCUUGUACGCCCUCAUGCCAUCGCAGAUGAGUUCUGGCGUAGGAGUGGCAAGGGUGCUAGGCUACCUCCUGCUGGUCACAGGAGCUGGAGCCUUAUCGGGGCCGCCCAUCGCCGGAGCUCUCGUGGAUCUCACCAACUCAUACACGUCCGUUUUGAUCCUGUGUGCUGCCGCUCCUGUCGGGGCUGCGGUCCUCAACCUCGCUGCAUAUUUCACCUCUCGCUAUAGUUCCACGUCCAUCAUGAAUACCAGGUCAUCUUCGUCUACUAACACCAAGUCAUCUUCAACAACCAUAAGUAAUCUGACAUCUGAUGACCCUCCGGACCCACCGACGUCUCAAAGCACUUGUAAAAAAGAAUCGAAUGUAUAGAUAACUCUCGCAAAAAGAAAAGAGGCGAAAAUGUGAUAUUCAUUUGUUUCUCGUGAAUUUAAAAGUUCACCACUAACUUAUAAAUUCAGCAUACUCUAUUUCAGCACACAUUUAGUGCAUUUCUAGUUAACCUGCUGUAAAUGUCUAGUGAAACAUUACCCACCCCAAGUUAACUCAAGCACGAAGGGUCCCUGCGUCCAGCAAAGUCCUACUGAUGGAUCUUAGAUUAGGUAGAUGAAAGGUUGUUAUUCAUCUUGAUGUAAAGAUAAUGGUAUUAAUAACAAUAAUGAUGAUGAUGAUAGCAAUGAUGAUGAUAUUUAUUGUUAUUAUUACCAUUACAAUUA